AUGGAGGGUAUCUGGCACACGGCUGUGGUUGUGUACGGUAAAGAGUUCUACUUUGACGGUGGCACGGGCAUCGUACACGAGGCGCCAGGGCGGACGCGUUUUGGCUCACCGAGGCGUGUGGAGUCGCUGGGGACAACAACGAAAGGGGAGGCAGAGUUUGUGGCAUGGACGCAGCAGCAACGCCGCAGUGGAUUUGGCCCGUACGAUUAUAACCUCCUUACACGUAACUGCAACCACUUCACCCAGGAGGCGGCGCAGUUUCUUCUUGGGCGGGAUAUUCCGGAUGACAUUCGCAACAUGAUCCCCAUGGUGUUGGACACACCGCUGGGUCGCAUGCUGCGGCCCAUGUUGGAAAGCAUGACAACGGCCUCUGGUGCUGUGGCUGCAGCGCCGCAGCCCACACGCGAGAGCGGCCGUCCUGCCGAACCCCUGAGACCCGGGCUGCACUCCACGAAGACUGUCUUCACGGUGGAUGAGGAAGAGGAUAUCCAGAUUGCAUGUGCUAUGCUGCAGAGCAAUGAGUUGUUGUCGGCGGGGAAUCGAGAAGGCUUUGACGUCACGCUGGGAGCGCUGGAGCUGCUCCGUACGGCCCUGAGGAAUAUCGUGGAGCACCCCACUGAAUCGAAGUACCGCGGCCUUUCCACCAACAGUCAGAGCUAUGUAACAAAGCUGCUGCCACUGGAGGAGUUUGGAGCGGUGGAGCUUCUGCAUAUGUGUGGUUUUCGCCUGCGUCAGCACCCCUCGGGUACGGGACAGCAGUGGUAUCUGGACGACGACAGCGGCAGCGCGGAUAUCCUUAGUAUCAUGAUCAGCCGCCUGAGCGAUCUGAUUGAGGCGGUGGAGGCAGAGGCGCCAUCUCCUGCACCAGAAGCUGCAGCUGAAGGAAAGAGCAAUGCGAAUGCCCAGACUCUGCAGACGAGUGGGGGUGCUCUUUCUCCUGAGGAGCUGGAGGAAACGGAGUCAGGGGAACGUCAGUGGAAAGCCAUGCAGCGUGAUGCUGGGCACCCGCUGAAGUCACUCGACGAGCUGCUGAACUGGUCAGCGAAAACGGAUGGCAGCAUCACACCAGCCGUUCCGUGCCGUCGGCGUGUGUCUGCCGUCUCGCAGCAGUCGCGGUUGUUGGUCUGCCACGACAUGCGUGGAGGGUACUUGCCUGGCGACUAUGCCCAUUUCGCCCUCUGCGACACCUCCUCUGCGGUGGAACCGGUGGUGGACAACGCCUACACAGUAAACUACUGGCAUCUCUUUGACUACUUUGUGUACUUUGCACACCACCGUGUUUCUAUUCCGCCAAAAGAGUGGAUCAACGCUGCCCAUCGCCAAGGGGUGCCAGUGCUAGGCACUUUUAUCACCGAGGGCGAUGGGUUGGAUGUUCGGAUGAUGGUGCACGACGCCAAAAAGAUGGGCGCUGUGAUUCAUCAGCUCGUGGAGCUCUGUAACGCGUACAACUUUGACGGCUACCUUAUCAACAUUGAGAGCAACAUUGACACAAUACUGGCGAGUCGGUUGGUGAUGUUUGUCUCCAUUCUGCGACAGAAGCUUAACAAGCGCCGUCCCCCUUAUUCCUGUGAGAGAAGUGUUGUGUGGUACGAUGCUGUCACAGUGGACGGCGUAGUGCAAUAUCAGAACGCCCUCACCGUAAAGAACAAAGCAUUCUUCGAUGUGAGCAAUGGCAUCUUUACCAAUUACAGCUGGAACACGAUGUGUCUGAGUCUCUCUAAGGUAUUGGCAGACAGUCGCGCCCUUGACGUGUACGUCGGAGUGGAUGUGUUUGGUCGUUCCCGCAUGUACGGAGGUGGUGGCUACGGCAGUGAUAUUGCAGCCGAAUGUGCAACAAAGCUUGGGCUCUCUGUUGCGCUCUUUGCGCCAGGAUGGACGCUGGAGGAGAAGGGUAAAGGGCUGCGAGAGACCUUUCUGCACGCCAAUGGCAUCUUAUGGUCGAAGCUUCAGAGGCUUUUCAACGAUCGAUGGAUAGAGUGCGACACGCUGCCCGCGUGGACGUGCUUCCGCUCCGGUGUGGGGAAGCAGUUCUACGUGAAUGGUGAGCGAGUGGUGGGCAGCAGCAGAAGUACACAUCCUGCCGAGUGGUGCCAGAUGUCACAGGCGCAUUUCACCCCAUGCUAUCAGUUUGCUGCUGGUAGCACGGAGCGCGACCCGUGGUGCGUGCUCCCGCUGCAUAUAGACGGAAAAAACAACUACAAUGGAAGCAGCAAGCACGACAGUGUGGUGCCGGUGGAGUGGACGGGCGACGCGGUGUGGAUGGGUGACCGCAGCUUGAGCUUCGUGGUGCCGUGUGGAGGCGCCGUGACACUCCUGCAGUGGAGGGUCCACCUUGACAAGAGCAAAAUCAGCAGUGGUGGUGGUGGUGGUGGUGCGGUGGCGUACCUCGACGUGGUGUGGCGCCGCGACGCCGAUGGCGGGCGCUGGCGACGGGUGCGUGUGGAGGGCGUGUCAGGGUCGAGCACCACGCAGGUGGUGUUUGGUGGGGAGGGCAGCGCCGGGGGGGCAAUGCGCGUCAUUGCGUCCGUGAGUGACUGGGAGCUUGUGCGCUAUGUCAUUAGUGCGGAUGCCAGUUGGUCUCAAGUUACCUCUGUGGCGGUGCUGAAUGCCUCGACGGAUAAGCCGCUGCGCUGCACCAUUGGCGGCAUCGCCUUUGCUCCACCACACAACGGCAGUGGCGUGGAGGGCAGCGUGUUGCUGGCGGGCAAGGUGCACCAGCUACCCGCCACUGCGUUUCAUGUCAAGCGGACACGGCAUCGCACGAUACGUUUAGUUCGUGUGGAGGUGCCGAGCGAGCUGCAGCAGUUCGAAAGUGUUCUCGUGUUUGCGACGAUCGGCGCCGACCACGGCGCGUCGGUGCGCCUGUACGUGGGGCAGCACGUGGUGGAGCCGAUCAUGUGGGUGGCGCUGCAUCUCCCGCCGAUUGCUACCGUGCAGGAGCUGGUGCUCCGCUCUGUUUCUGCGGGCAGCUGA